GCUGUGUGAGAGCCCAUUUGUAAUUGUUGUACUCCGUAAUUUUUUGUUACAAACGUUUUGCAUAAACUUUUUUCAAUAAUACUCCCGCGGGUAGUUGAACGUUGGACCUUUGGUGCGCACUACCACCGGACCGCCGCCUGAAUGCCAGCAGUACUCUGCACUAAACCCAUAAGCCAUAACCCUAACCUGAAAUCCAGCAAGAAGACCAACGAUUUCUUACGAAAGAGGAUCUAGAAUGGGAGAAGAGGAAAAUGCGGUCGCAAGGGGGAAGUUGAUGGAAGGGAUAGCGUCUAUAGCACUCUUACCAAGUGGCUCCAUCUCUGGACACUUCAUUCAGCUUCCAGAGUCUGUCUGCUAUGGCCUUCAUGGCACUGAGUUGGCAUGUGAAAGGGAAUGCAGCAGAGGAGAAGAUUAUCGCUUGAUCAAACUUACAGUUACAGACUUCAAAACUAUGAGAGAAUGGGAUGUUAUAGUGGAAUGCAAAGGACAUGACGCUGCUAGGCUGAAUAAUAUUGACCAUGCUCACGGGUGGGAGAAUGAUGUUAUGAAUUUACUUGAAGAGAAACAUCGAAAGGGAAAUAUUUUGGUUUCUUUUGAGUGUGAGACACUAAAAGCUGAAAAAGAAGCAGAGGACCAUAUCAGUAAGUGCAUGCCCAAGUUAGUAGGGAUGGAGGCUGUUGUUAACAUUGGCAAGAUGACUAUCUCUGGCUUAGAGUUUGAAGAUGAAACUGACUAAAAACAUGUACAGUGAAAUGAUGGGUUUGUACUUUGUAGGUACUUUUCAAUCUGAGAGACUUGCUUUGGUUGGUAUGUUAUCACCAUUGUAUAUAUGCUGUAACGGAUAAUUUCAUUUCAAAUCAAAUACUCCCUCUAUUCCACAAAUCAGCUUUGCUUUUAGAGUUGCAGAUUCAACUUAAUGUAUGCCUUUUAUUUUAUCUGGAAAUUCUCA